CGGGCCGAGCCAGGCCGAGCCGGGCCGGGGCAGGAUGGCCGCGGCCGUGGAGAAGGAGGCGAGCCAGCAGAGCACCCUGGGCGCCUACUCGCCCGUGGACUACAUGAGCAUCACCAGCUUCCCCCGCCUGCCCGAGGAGGAGCCGGCCGGCGCGGCGGCCGAGGGCUGCCUGCGCUCCAGGAAGGAGGAGGACGCGUUCCUGGGAGAGCAGGACACGGAUCCAGAUUCUUUCCUGAAAUCAGCUCGCCUCCAGCGCCUGCCGUCAUCUUCAUCGGAGAUGGGCAGCCAGGAUGUCUCGCCACUGCGGGAGACCAGCAAAGACCCAUUCUCUGCGGACUGCAGCUGCCGCCAGGAUGGGCUGACUGUGAUCAUCACAGCCUGCUUAACCUUUGCGAUGGGAGUCACGGUGGCCCUGAUCAUGCAGAUCUACUUUGGGGACCCACAGAUAUUCCACCAGGGUGCCGUGGUCACCGACGCCGCCCGCUGCACGGCGCUGGGCAUUGAGGUGCUCAACAAGCAGGGGUCCUCAGUGGACGCAGCCAUCGCUGCAGCUCUGUGCGCAGGAAUAAUCAACCCCCACACGUCCGGCAUCGGCGGCGGGGGAGUGAUGCUGGUCCACGAUAUCCGGAAGAACGAGAGUCAGGUGAUUGACUUCCGAGAGACAGCCCCUUUUGGGAUCCAGGAGGAAGGCCUUCGGAAGGCCUGGGAGCUGAAGCCGGGUCUUCUGGUGGGGGUGCCAGGCAUGAUACAAGGAAUGCACAAGGCACAUCAGUCACAUGGAAGACUCCCAUGGUCAGAACUUUUGGGCCUUGCUGCUAGCAUUGCCCAGGAUGGAUUCAAUGUCACGCAUGACUUGGCCAGAGCUAUCACUGAACUGAAGGAGCUGAACUACUCUGACAAAUUCAGAGAGACUUUCCUUCCAGACGGCCAGCCUUUGUUGCCUGGAAUGUUUAUGAGGCGACUUGAUCUAGCCACCAUUUUGGAUCUCGUUGGCUCAGAAGGGGUCUCGGCCUUCUAUGAUGGAAACCUAACCCAGGAGAUCAUUUCUGAGGUCCAUAACUAUGGAGGAGUCCUGUUAGAAGAAGACUUCAUUAACUACAAUGCGGUAGUGGAGAAUCCAGUCCACACGGUGUAUCAAGGUCAUCUUGUUCUCAGCCCUCCACCUCCACAUGCGGGUCCUGCACUGAUCACAGCUCUAAAUAUCCUGGAGGGCUUUAAUAUCACGAGCCAGGUAACCAGGGAAAAUACCCUCCAUUGGAUAACAGAGACGUUAAAAAUAGCACUGGACCUAGCUAACAGCUUGGGAGACCCAGUCUGUGACGCAUCCAUCUACCAUAGUGUAGAAGACAUGGUCAGUAAAUCAAAGGCAGGUUUCCUGCGUCAGCUGAUUAAUGACUCCCAGUCCUUCCCUUCUGGUAUCAAUAUUCCACACUUCUCCAUAGAGAGCGGCCCCCCUGCUAGCCAGGUCCUUGUUAUGGGACCCGAUGACUACAUUGUUGCAGUUGUAAGUUCCCUGAACCGUCCAUUUGGAAGUGGAAUAAUAACACCCUCUGGAAUCCUUCUAAAUAGUCAGAUGUUGGAUUUUUCCUGGCUGAAUAGUACAUUGAACCACUCCUCUCCUGGCCUGAGGAAUCUCAUUCAGCCUGGAAAAAGACCCUUAUCCUUUUUACUGCCCACUAUUGUUCGACCAUCUGAAGGGAUGUGUGGGACUUAUCUUUGUCUGGGAGCUAACAAUGGCGACAAAGCCUUGAGCAGCAUCACGCAGGUUUUAGUAAAUGUUUUAACACUUAACAAGAACCUGAGUGAGAGUCUGUCACUGGGUCGGCUACACCCACAGCUUCAAUCCAACAUCCUGCAAGUUGACAGUGAAUUUCCCGAAGAAGAUAUUGAAUUCCUUGAAGCCAGGGGUCAUCAGGUAUAUAAAGUCGACGUGCUUUCCCUGGUUCAUGGAGCCAGGAGAACCAACAACUUCAUCAUUGGUGUGAAAGACCCAAGAAGCAUGGAUGCUGCAGGAGCAACAAUAUUAUAGCAACCUCCAGAUGGUGCGUUCUUUGGAUAAGGCUUUAAACAACAGCAACAAAAAUUAUGUGCAUGUUCCGAAAUGGCCCGGGGAGGAACGAGCAGUGUUUGCUGUGGGUUUCUGCAUUGCUGAAUAGACCUUCUGCAUUUCCCCAUCUCAAACAAUGCAACAGUGGCUUGGAAAGCCACAAUACAGCCCUUUGAUUUUGUAAAAAAUAAUUUGAGUUGUAAUAAUCUCAGUUGUUAUUAAAGGAAUGCUAGGAAUAUACUUUUACUUUGACAGUGCCCCGUUAGCGAUUUCAGUCAUUUCAAAUACCAACCUUAAACAUUUUAAUUUAACCAGCAGAAACAUUAGCAAAGGAGAUGACAAAAAGAACAAAAUAUUUUGUGCCAAACAGACAAUUGCUGCUGUUGCUGUAAUUUUCAACUCCCUCCUUUCCCGGGCUUGACACCCUUGUCUCAUAUAAGUCAAUAUAUAAUACAGAUUGAUGUACUGGCUCUAGGCAGUCGUACCUGGAACUUCAGGGAUUUCUUUAAUAUUCCCCGUGGCUCAGCUGAUUUUUACUAGCAUGGAUAUUCCUAUAUCAAUUCCCAUUCAUGCAUCACUACACAUCUUUAGUACCCUUAUGUCUCCUUCACCCUCAAUGUUUUGACUUAAUUUAUUGCAUAGACUCAUUGGGAUCUGGACUUGGAGUCAGACUACAUCUACACUGGCAAAAAUAGCACCCGUAAUUCACCACUGGUGCCCCCAAAAGAGAAACACUGGGGGUGGCCACAGUGCAAGUUGUAGUGUAGAAAGCGUUCAUGUAGAGUCAGGGCUUUUUUAACACUGUCUCAUCUAACCCUGCUCUGAAAAGGUGAAUCCCUUGCUUUCAUGAGCACCACUUCAAACCAGUGCUUAGAUGCUGUUGUCGUGGGUGCGUUAGAAAACGUAAGUUAUAGAGAUAAGACAGGAAACAAAGCAAACACUACUUACAUCAUUUUUUUUUUUUGAGUCCCCAACAUCCAAGACAGGUUGAAGGAAGCAUUCAGCAUUUGACUUGUCAAUAAAAAUGAGGAAAUAAAAAGCAUGAUCAUGAUCAUUGCACAGAUUGAUUCUGGUCACCUUUGGAGCACCUCCUUUUCUUUCCACCAGUAAAUUAUAGACAGUCACCCAGCACUUUAAGAUUUUUUAAAAUUAUUUUUGUCAUUGUUUUCACAGCCUAUCGUGUACUGGUUUCCUUCAUGAUGUUAAUAUAUCUAUGGCCACUGUACAUAUUGUAUAUGUAUGUCUGCUUAUGGUUGUCUUGGUAUUUCAUGUGAUGCUUUUAUGAAAAGAAUUCCAGAUCUUCUCACCCUGGAGAGACCAAUAGGCUAGAAUCUUGUGAAUACUGUUUUGUUCAUAUUAUACCAGGGGUGGCCACACUGUGACUCGCGAGCCACAUGCGGCUCUUUGACCGUUAUAGUGUGGCUUGCAGAGCCCCACCCCCAUUCUCCACUUACCAAACUGGGGGAGGGGAGCUUGGGACCUCUGCCCUGUAGCGGGGUGAUGGGGUAGGGGUUUCUGCCCAGUGGGGAGGGGGCUUCAGUCCUGCAGAGCACACCUGCCGGUCUCGGGGCUUCAGCAGGAGCAGGACUGAAGCCCCGAGGCCUGUCAGGUGCAUCUUAUGGGGAUGAAGCCCUGGGGCCCAGCAGGCGGGCCCCGACUCUCAAACUUCUGAAGAUUGUCAUAUGCGGUUCAGAGGGUCAGUAAGUUUGGCCAUCCCUGUCUUAUACCUUUUUAUGGCUCAAGUGCGGUUUAAUGGGGAGGAGUAUGGGGAGGAGUAUGCUGUAUCUUCUUAAGGGGAUCAAUGAACUAACAGAUUAUCAAACUAAUAAUUCUUUGCACUUAUGUAGUUUCUGUUAGCUGAGGAUCUCAACAUUUUACAAACGUUAACUAAUAAAGUCACACCACACCCUGUUGAGGUACGAAAGACAUACCAGAGAGAUCCCUUUCAUGCACUACUGAAAUGCAGACACCUCUAAGGUAGGACAAGGUGGCUAUUAAGCAGACAUGAAUAAACUAAAAUAUUUUGCAUCACAAAUCAUAGAAUCAUAGAGUUAGAAGGGACUGCAAGGGUCAUCUAGUCUAACCCCCUUAUCUAGUCUAAUUUCCAUGAUGACUCAGUGUGGGUCAGUUAUCAGCCAAGUAGUACUGCAGGAGAAAGGAGAACUGCUGUAGUGAAAGCUGCAUACGGCAUUCAUAACACUCUGCAUGGUUUGGAGCAGACUUUGUAAGGCUUACUAGGGAAGGGAGGGAGGCAUUUUUGUGCAUUGAUCCUCAUGGGUUGAAAUCUGGGAUUUUUCUAGGACAAUGACAGCAAUGAUCUGUCCCCCAUAUAUGGAGGUUUACUGAACAUGAUUGUAAAACAAGUGUUCCAGGAAUUGUUGUUUAUAGUGAUCCAAAAGAGUGCACAUUACUUUACAGCUCAGUUGGAAAGAUAAAAGUCCUAUUUGCAAAUCGAAUUCUUCUUUUCACCAGUAUAGUUCUGACACUGAGCCCUGAAGGACAAUUUACAAGUAAAGACUCUGGUUCUGAUCCAUCAGAGCACUUAAGUGACCCCAAACCUGGAAUUUCAGUAGGAUUAUUCAAAUGUGGUAAAGUUAAGCAUUUUCCUAAGUGCACUGUUGGAUCAGGGCCUAUACUGGGAAGGUGAGAAAAUUAAGAGAAACAGGGAGAUGGUAUUAUACCCAAAGGCCACAUCUAACAGAAACAAAGGCCUUAUGAAUAGUUUCCUAUUCACUCUGGUUAAAAAGUGGUGUCAGUAUAGCAUAUAUUUGACAAAGAGUCACUUGUCAUUGAAGCUUGGUCAGAAAAUUUCUACUAGGACCAGCAUCUCUAAUCUUGGUAGUCAAUUUCGUAUGGCAAGAUCCAUUGAAUUUCAUUUUAGUUCAUUUCAUUUUAAUUCUACUAGAAAAUACAUAGUAUUGCCUCAUGUACAAAUGAGACAAAUAUUGUGAAAUUAAAGGGCCAUAUUCUAACCUUAAAAAACAAAUUCUGCUUUUAGGGACAUAUAUGUUAAUAUGCAGUAAUUCCAUUGACUUCAGUGGACUUCAAUUUGCUACACCAUGAGAGCAGAAUUUGACCCUUAGUCUUUAUGCAGAAUUAAGCCUUGAUAUCACUGGGGAGAACACACAGAACAAUAGUAUGACAUGGCCCGAAGACAAUUGAUAUUACAUUUUAGUAAAAAUGCCUUUACCGUUUGUAUCGUGAUCUUGGAAGUGACUGAAAAAGCAAUGCAGGUCAAACUCUUUACCAUCCAUUUACAAUGUUGUAAAAUCAGAGUAAUACACUAAUGUACAUCAGGAAUACCUGAGAUCAGAACCCGGCCUUGAGUGUCUAGUCAAUUAAUUAAUGAUUUCCCACAGAAGCUCAAUGCAGUUAAUGAAUGCAGCUUCAGAGCAACAUUUCAGUGGUUUUAAUACAGUAGUGCAUUUCUUCUCCCAAUUGUGCCAAACACAGACUGCUAUGUAUAAAGCUCUAAAGGUAAGGAUAUAUACAAUGGGUAAGAAUGACAUCAAGCAACUUGUGUAUGUGUAACAAUUAUUUUGUUUUACCCUACAUUCCCUCUUCUGUUCUGGAGAAUCUGUUCUCCCAGUACAGCCAGUGUUUAAUUUGUAAUGAAAGGUGCCGGGGCUCAAGUAAUUUUUUUACAUUCAUAACAGGUUCAGCAAGCCCAGAGGUGCUGGGACUAUGAACUGCCAAGCCUAGAGGUGCCAGGGCUCAGCCUGGGCACAACUUAAGCACUGAGUACAGCCAAGGUCCACUGAAGAAGGAUUUUCGGCCCAAUUUUCACCUCACUUACAUCAGUUUCACACCAGUGCAACUCCAGGGACUUCAGUAGAUUUACUCUGGAUUUACAUUAGUCUGAAGGAUAGAUGAAUCAGGCCUCUUAAGCAUAACUAGAUAAAACUCAUAACCUUUUCAUAGAGGACAAGAUUAUAGCACAAAUCAGAAAUAAGGUGGUUUUUUUUUUACCUAUUAAAAGUCUGACUUAGGGGGAAGUGCUGCUAUAGUGGCUGAAUGUUUACUUUGCAAUGGUUUUGAGAAAGUUCUAUACAUCAGCAAAGGGUUUCUUGUUAUAGGCCAGAGAAAGGAGCACAUUGGGAGGGCAGCUUUCAGAAGGAGUAACAGAUUGUCAUGAUCCUUAAAAAAAAAAAAAAAAAAAAAAAAAAAACUCUGUGGAUAGGGCAGAUGAGGAGGCUCAAUGGUGGAACCUCCAAUAACAAGGCUAUCUGCCAACAUAGAGCCCUCCAGUGUUCAGCCCUUGUGCAGAAGGGAAUGAUUUCCACAGGGAUACUUAGGAGGGAGAAAGUCCCUCAGCGACAGUAACUUCUUCCAGCCUGAAGCCCUUCAAGAUAAGGAGGAAGUUAAUCUAACUGAGGACAGUCCUUUAUCUUAGUGCAAAUCUUCCACAAGGGGGUCUCAGACCACCAGCUGCAAGAAAACUUCAGGGAGCUGGUUCCUCUAGUAUAGCUAAACUAUACUGUGCCUGUCACUUUGGUAUCUACAUGUCAUCUUCCUUUUUCCUACCUAGACAGAAGUAUGUGCAGAAUGGUAAGAAAGCAAUUAAAAUCUCAUCAAAACAUGUCUGCUCCCCACUCCCUCUCCCCAUAUUUGUUAAAGAGACCACGUACAGAUUCUAGACUAGGACUCACUUUUUGCAGUUCCACUGUGGGCAUGGAGCGAUUAAGUUCUUAUAACAGAAUUGUUACAUAGUAUUUCAUUUUGGAAAAUCCAUACAUGGUCAUGAAUACAAGUGUAACGAUGCCACAUUUAUUGUACAGGAUCAUUUUUAUUUGAAAAUACUGACCUAUGAAAUUGCAUUGUAAUCAUAGCCGUGAGUUUGAUUGUAUUGAAAUCACAUGUAUUUGUGCAUUUUUUCACAUACAAUGAAAAAAGGCUGAAAUAAAUGCAGUUUUCUUUUUGUA